AUGCCGCCUCCUUUCUUGAAGAUGAUGGACGUCAUCAAGGACCGCAUCGGUAUCAGCGAUGUUGCCACGCUGUUCGUCGCCUUCUCCAUAGGCUUCCUGGCCAAAGGCUCGGCCAAGCUGAAGCCUGCUUCGACCCAGCCUGUCGAGCAGUUUGGAUACUGCAAAGAGCUGCCCGCCAAGCGAAGCAAGCCAGAGGACACUGAAUGUCCUUACGAAUACCUCGUCAAGCUUUAUGGAAAACAUCAUUUCGAGCCCUUUGUCAGGGAGUUUCGGCCUGCACUGGAAAAGGAAGACCCGGUCAAGUACACGCUGAUUCUUGACAUCAUGGACGCGGUUCAUUUCGCUUUGAUUUUGGUCGACGACAUUUCCGACAACAGCCGUCAGCGCAAGAAUCAACCCACGGCCCAUCUGAUCUAUGGGGCCAGCGAAACGGCAAACAGGGCUUAUCUGGUGCUGACGACAGUCAUCAAUCGCGCUCUACGUGAGCGUCCAGUUCUCGGGGUCGAGCUCAUGAAAGCCUUGGAGAACAUCCUCCAGGGCCAAGACAUGUCUCUCGUCUGGCGCCGGGAUGGGUUGGAGUCCUUUCAAUACCAAGGCGAUGAACGGAUUAGGGCUUACAAGAACAUGGCCCUGCUGAAAACGGGCACUCUAUUCAUACUCUUGGGGAGGUUAUUGAAUGAUGGCGGGGAGGAGCUGGAUGAUCUGAUGACGCGAUUCGGAUGGUACGCACAGCUCCAGAACGAUUGCAAGAACAUCUAUUCGACCGAGUAUGUGACCAGUAAAGGUGCCGUGGCAGAGGACGUGCGGAAUGGAGAGUUAUCAUUUCCCAUUGUCGUGGCACUCAACGAAGAAGACUGCGGACCAAUCAUGCAGAGGGCACUUGAAAGCCACACCGAAAAGGACAUCGAGGCAGCCUUGGACGCCUUGCAGACGGAGCGGGUGAGGGAAGCUUGUUUGAAAGCACUCAAAGAAGCAGGUCGUGGAUUAGACAAGUUUGUCGGACUCUGGGGACGGCGUGAACAGAUGCAGACAGGCUCCUUGGGUUGA